AUGUAAGCCUAAACUUAAGUAGAGCAGUCACUAAUUUAUAACAAUAACACAAAGAAGUAUCUAUAAACUGACUUUGAUCUAAGAACUAAUAACGCCGCUGAUAGGAUUUUAGAUGGGUAAUAGGUCUCUAAAUUUGUCAUCAUUAAUAGUAUUGAAUCAGGGAAGUCAGUUAUUAAUGUAUACUCGAUCCAGACCACCUACUACAAGCUAUUUACAUCCAUUUAGGAAACUAUCAUAGCUUUUGAUGCCAUUUAGAUAGGAGAUUUAGUUAUUAUCUAUGCGAUUUAAUAUAGAAACCAGCAAACAUAUCUGGUUAGCAAGCAAAUUAAAGAUGAAAAUGAGGAAAAUUUAGACUAUCAAGUCUACUUUAAUGUCGAAUGUAAUGCUACUGAUAUAAAAGUCAGCAAGUCUUUGAUAGCAUUAGCUUGUCCUACUUAUAAGAACAAUACAGGCUAAAUCAUAUUAUACCAAAGAUUAACAUUUGAACUUAUUGCAAAUAUCAAUGGAAGAGGCGAAGAUUAGGUUGGAUUAGAGAUGGAUAUUAUAGCUGGAGACAAUGAAAUUUAAACAUACCUGAUAUUUACCUAUGGUAAAGUAAACAAAACUACUCAGUAGUAGCUUUAAUAUAUUGAAGUUUUAAUCGACAAUUAUAAAUCUGGUAAUUAGCAGUACGUUUCACCAGUGUAUACGAUAAACUAUCCGACUGAUUCUUCAAACAAUGGCAGCCUUAGACUAGCUGGGGGUUGGGAAAAACUAUUUAUAACAACCAGCAUAUUUGAUAAAAUCUAGGGCUACCAUUUCUGCUCUUAUAAUCAGUAUUUAAACAAAGAUACUAAUAAAUGUAUGCCUUGUGGCAGAUAUAAAACUUCAUUGGGACCAUCAUCAGAUUCAUGUAUUGACUGUCAAUCAGAUUUCUCAGGCUCAGAUAAAGAUAAUAAGAAACUGAGUUUCAUUUGCGAGAUAAUAGAGGGUAAAAUUAAUUUGAUUUUAAUUGUAGCAUUAUCUAUCCUGUGCUUUGGUAUAAUCUGCUUGAUCGUAGUUUCGAUUGUUAUGUGCAAGGUAAAAGGCUUCUUAUGCUUCAAGAAACCCAUAGCAGAAAUUAUAAGAGACUAAGAGGAGAGAUUAGCUAGAAGAUGGCGAUUGAUUGACUUGAAACUAAAUAAAUUGAAAUUUGAUAAAUUAAAGUUAGAUGAAAAAUCUCAAAGUUGUAGCAUUUGCUUUGAGGAAUUUACUGCUGAUCUUGAGAUCAGAUCGACCUAAUGCAAGCAUGUAUUUCAUGAAAAGUGUAUAUAUGAAUGGAUAAAAACCAAACUUUCCGACCCCGAUUGCCCUUAUUGUAGAACUAAGAUUAUUAUUUGA